AUGCGCGCAGUUUUUAUGGGAACGCCAGACUUUGCGGUUCCGGUGCUGGAAGCGUUGUGCGAAGGACCCGCAGUUGAAGUGGUCGCAGUUUAUACGCCUCCAGACCGGCCCAGGGGACGAGGACAAGAGAUUGAAUCCCCUCCGGUAAAGGUGGCAGCAACUAGCUUGGACCUGCCGGUCUUUCAACCGGCGUCCCUUCGUUCCAGUGAUAUUCAGGAAGAGUUGUCCGCCUUGCAGUCCGACGUUAUCGUUGUUGCGGCUUACGGCAAAUUAUUGCCGCCCAAAGUACUUGAAAUGCCACCCUUUGGGUGCCUGAACAUUCAUCCGUCAUUGCUUCCCAAGUAUCGGGGUCCUUCACCGGUGGUUGCUACGAUAUUAGAUGGAUUAUGUGAGACUGGCGUAACCUUGAUGUUACUGGAUGAGGGAAUGGACACGGGGCCAUUAUUGGCCCAAGCAAGAAUGGCGUUAACAGGUACAGAAACCGCCGAAACUCUCACUCAAGAGCUAUUCAAGGUAGGAGGCGAACUAUUGCUUGCCACCCUGGGGCAGUGGACGUCCGGCCUUCUGGAAGCCAGUCCUCAGGAUCACUCCCAGGCCACAGUCACAAGCAAAUUGGCUCGGUCGGACGGAAUGGUCGAUUGGAUGCUAGCCGCGAGCAUACUGGAGCGGAUGCAACGGGCUUAUACUCCCUGGCCGGGUCUUUAUACCGAAUGGGAAGGAAAGUCAUUGCGGUUGCUUGAAGUUACACUGCCCAACAGCCUUGGCGCUGAGGUAAGUUGUCCUUCUGCCGGGCCUGGAGAGGUGGUAGACAUUGGUUUUGACGAGGCGACGCUGGGAAUUGGGACAGCAGACGGCAUUCUGGGCAUUAGAACAUUACAAUUGGAAGGCCGUCGAGCGACGUCCGCCGCCGAGUUCCUUCGAGGUUAUCCUCAAUUCCUGGGGAGCGUGUUGUCGUAG